CCCGGCGGAUGGCUGUGCUUUAUCUAUCACUUUUCUGUAUUCAUGUUGGUGCUCGUGUGUCUUAUAUUCAGUGUACUUUCAACUAUAGAUACAUAUUCGAAUUUCGCCAACGAAACUCUAUUUUGGAUGGAGAUAUGUUUAGUUUUAUUUUUCGGAGUUGAAUACUUGGUGCGACUCUGGUCUGCAGGAUGCAGAUCAAAGUACAUGGGAUUCUGGGGAAGACUUCGAUUCAUCAGAAAGCCUAUUUGUAUAAUAGAUUUAAUAGUGGUAGUAGCAUCGAUUGUAGUUCUCACAUUGGGUUCCAAUGGACAAGUUUUCGCAACAUCCGCCAUCAGAGGGAUUCGAUUUUUGCAAAUCCUUCGGAUGCUGCACGUCGAUCGACAGGGUGGGACUUGGAGGUUAUUGGGAUCAGUCGUCUUUAUUCAUCGACAGGAACUCAUAACCACCCUGUACAUCGGCUUCCUGGGCCUCAUCUUCAGCAGCUACUUCGUCUACCUGGCCGAGAAGGACGCCGUGGAGGAGGAGGGGGGAAAGAACACUGGCAGCUUCUCCAGCUAUGCGGACGCCCUCUGGUGGGGCGUCAUCACGGUGACCACGAUCGGGUACGGAGACACCGUCCCCAGGACGUGGAUGGGGAAGAUCGUCGCGUCCUGUUUCAGCGUGUUCGCCAUCUCCUUUUUCGCUCUUCCAGCCGGUAUCCUAGGAUCCGGUUUCGCCUUGAAGGUGCAACAGAAACAGCGCCAGAAGCACUUCAACCGACAAAUCCCCGCCGCCGCCAUGUUGAUUCAGUGCCUGUGGCGCUGCUUCGCGGCGGACAAGUGCUUCAACUCUAGGGCAACGUGGCAGGUGUACCUCACGGACUCGAACGGGGGGCCUUUGGUGAGCACCAACGCCACCAGCGGCAGCGGUAGGGACUACAGCAUGCCAUUGUCCAAGUCCCUGAUAUUACAGGUGGCAAAAAAGGCGUCGGUGUUGAAGAGGAAGAAAUCCAAGAACCGGAUGGAGGUAAAUACGUCUGGGGCGCGGACAGAGGUCAAUACCCCUGGUCCUGGCACGCCACUGGCCGAUACGCCCACUGGCGCACAGGCUAUCGGUGGUCAGUCAGGGAAGGCGUUGUCCGAUACUGACGUCAUGUUUUACAUGGAAGAACCGAAAUCAGGUACGCCGAAUAGGACGAGAAGAGGAGAGAGGGAAAGUAUUAGGGGUGCAUACUUCACAAGUCAAACAAGCACAGUAACCGAGGCAGCUAGCGACGAUAUCGACGAUCUAGAUGGUGAAUUGCCGAGGGUUACACAGUUAACUGAAGCACACAAGAACGCGAUCCGAGCUAUUCGGAAAAUCAAAUAUUUCGUCGCCAGAAGGAAAUUCCAACAGGCGAGAAAACCUUAUGACGUCAGGGACGUCAUAGAACAAUAUAGCCAGGGACAUCUGAACAUGAUGGUCCGAAUAAAGGAAUUACAACGAAGGUUGGAUCAAACAUUGGGCAAACCAGGUAGUUAUUUGGCUGGGAUAGACAGGGUGGGAAACGUCAAGCCCAUGACGGUUGGAGCUAGGUUAUACAGGGUAGAGCAACAAUUGGGAACAAUGGAUAAAAAACUGGACGCCAUUACGAACGUGAUGAACGUUUUAGCACAACAACAUCAACAACAACAACAAAUAGGAAUUCGACCAAUUGAGGAUAGUGCUUAAGGCAAUCAAUAUUAUAACAAAGAAAACAUAUAAUCAUAUUUUAUUAUGCAAUUCAGAGACAGCACAAUAUCAUAAUAUAGUAUACCUAGUCAAUUUCCUCAUAAGUAUUCUAUAAUCGA